CCUGACGACAUACGCGUAAUUAGAACUCUCUUUUUUACCUGUCAGAUUUUGACCUGUUAUCUCUUCUCCCGUUGCCGUGGGCUCAAAAGAGUUGCGUUGAGUCGCGAGAGUUGCUAGUGGCUUUACUACCUAAUUAUGCCCAUCUCUGCUAUGUACGGCAUUCAAGCCGGGGCGAGACGGGAGCUAGUGAGGCUCUCUUGUCUCCUGCCAAUACGAACGAGCCAACCUUGUCCUGUGGAUUUUAGGAUCCGGACCCCAGAAAAAGAACAUCAGCAUCUUCGCGGUCCUAGCGUCUUACGGACCCUUCCCGUUGCAGGGUGUGCCGGUUUACAACACCCUAGCCCUUUUCUAUUGCCGGGGUUUUGCAUGGUCGAUAUGACUACGCCGUUAAGCUUACCAGAGUAACUGAUUUGUUCUUUUUGCGAACCCUUUUCCUUUUUCUAUGCGAAGAGGAAAAAACCGCGAGAUUCAACCCCUGAUCUUGAGGAUCGACAAUAACUCGAAGUCGCUUAGGUAACACUACAGAUUGUAACUGCGUGAAAAACUCUGUCUCUGUCCCUGUCUACGAAUGUAGACGUCUCUAUAUUAUAAAUGAGUUACCAAACCCGCUUUGCGGCCGCCGAGUAAAGAGCGAUCCCCAUCAGCCGCUGAGACACAGUCACCGCAUGCAGUGACUAGCUUCCGCCUCGGAGAAUUUCCCCACGAGAAGUCCAAGAUGCCGACCCAGGAGGAUGUGAACAUCGAGUCGUACACCGAGUAUGCUCUCGGCAUGGCAAUAUUCCUCACUCGACUCAUCACUCGAUUAAUGCUGGUGGGCUUCCGAGGAUUGUACUGGGACGACCUCUUCACUGUUGUUGCUAUCUCUUUCUGGACGACGGAUUUAGUUAUCUUACAACAGAUAGGUGUCCAUGGAAGUAGUGUCGGACAGACCUACGCAUCAGCAGAGCUCCUCGACGAUGCCAAGGUGGAAAGUUUUAGAAUCGGCGACAAGCUGACCUUCGCUUCUUGGAACUGCUACAUCUGCCUCAUCUGGUCGAUGAAGGCCGUUGUCCUGUUUUACUAUGAUCGUCUUACUAUGAACCUCUGGCAGAACAAGCUGGCCAGGUAUAUUCGUAUCGGAACUUUAAUAACCUUCACUAUUGCCAUCUUGUUCCAAUACUUGCUUUGUACGCCCAUCGAGUUGGCAUGGCAAGUCAAGCCUUAUCCAGGAGAUAAAUGUGUUUUCCGUAGAGAGAACUACAUCAUAUACCCGAUCCUCAGUAUUCUUUCAGAUUUGGGUAUUAUGGCUAUUCCACUUCCAUUGUUAUGGCAGGUCAAGAUUCCCGUUUACCGCAAACUUAUUCUUGGGUUCCUUUUCGGAUCUGGUAUCUUCAUUAUCAUCGCUACUCUGCUACGAACGGUUUACUCCCUUCGAUCUCUCCUCGAUCUCCUCGUCGCUACGCAAUGGGCCACCCGCGAAUAUUUAGUUACCGCAUUCGUCGUUUCCGCGCCAGCUAUCAAGCCGUUGUUUAGCAAGCGCCUUUGGGGUCUUAAGGGGUCGACAACUCAAUCAGGAACCGGUGAUCGAUAUGGGUCUGGUGGAUCUGCGCUACGUUCUGGGAAGGGAUCCAAGGCCAACAGUCACUCCGUCGUAGUCGAAAGCCAGAACGGCGGCGGAAACACCGGAAGUUCGUCUGGGGGAAAAGCAUUCGAGAUGCCCUCUCGAGGCUGGCCUAGCAGGAAAGGGAACAAUGCCAAGAUAAGAUUACCGAGCGAAGCGAGCCAGGAACAUUUUGUACAGUACUCAGACGAGGAAGCGGGUAUCUACGUCACGGAGACGUUUACGGUCUCGAGCGAGGAACGGAAACAAACAGCAAAGAAAACGGAUGCUGAUUGAGGGAGUGGAUCAUAUGUUGAAGCUCUAACCACGAACGCUUCAUGGUCUGAGUUGAGCUCGGCUGGAAUGGUGGAGGCAUGCCUAGAGCUCGCAGAGCAUGUCGUUAGUUGCGUAGACUUCGUUGAAGCUGCCCCUGUAUAAUACAAUUAAACAUUAAUUCUAUCAUAGGUAACAGGUUA